GCGCGCCUCGAAGCAAGUCUCUUCCUCUCUCGGUCCUCCGCCCGUCGGCUCGCGUGGCCGCCGCCUCGCCUAACCUCGUCUCGUCGCGCUCACCCAGGCCCAGCCUGUCCCACCUCCGGUUCCCCCGCCUUUUCCGCUCCCCCCAAAGUUCACCCCUAUCCUAAAAUUCCACCUCGGAACCAUUAUCCCCCCCACAAUUUUUCCUGUCUUUUUCUCGCAGACUUCAUAUCUGACCCGCCUCCAGGACGGACUCGACAUUUUCCAGUUCUCGAUGUGAGGAAGUUGCCUCGGGGGAUUUUUUUUCAGUUGACCUAACUUCUGUUCUCGGGAAUCGGGGAACCGGAUUUAUCUCGUGUACCCGUGGAAAAGUUCACUUUUUUUCGUUGUGAAGUGGUUCGAGGGAGAUAUCUCCGGUGCGACUGCAUCUGUUCGAAAAUUGUUUUUGGUGGUGACAAAUUUGGACAACUUUCUCCGCUCUGUCUUCCUCGCGUUAAGCUCAUUGCGAUUAGUGCGUAGCGUUCCCUUUUUCGGACGGAUUCGCGAGGCGGUGUCUCCGUCUCGCUGCAUCGAUACUCUCGCGAAUUUCCGGCCGGUGAAAUUUGACACGAUUCUGACGGGUUUUUUGGUGUACAAAUGAGUGAUUCCCCGCGAUUUGCUCCUAGGAACACCCACGACUAGUUCGAAAUCUGUGUCUUUCCACUUUCUCCCUGGAAAUCGCUCCUCAAUCAGAACGAAAGCCGAAAGUGAUCGACUUCCAUCCACUUCUACCGCCAGUGCUUUCAGCGUACAGUGUGUUAGAUCUAUCCGACCAAGUUGAAAUGUUCUGAGCUGUGACAAUUUUUCGCGCGGAUUGUAAAUGUAAAAAUUGGCGGUGUCAACUAAAAUUGUCCUCUCUGAACGUAACCGUGAAGAGCGUAGAAUCGAGGCGUAUUUAUUUUGACUGAACCUCGGACGAGAAGUAAACAUUGAGGCGGUAGAAUGAGCGAGGACGGAUAAGACUCUGGGGGUUUUGAGAAAUUUGGGGGUGUGGAUGGUGGAUUGAGCUGUGCUCGUUGUGCCGUGCGGCGUCGUAUGGAGCGGGAGCGUGUGUGCGUGUAAGCUCUGUGGGUGCGCGGAGUGGUGUGCGUGCGUGGUUGCGUGCGGAGGUGGUAGCGUGGUAGCGGGAGCGAGGCAGCGGGACGAUGCAGGAGCAGUGCAGCGGGCUCUGCUCGGCGCUGUCGCAGCUCUUCCGGCGGCUCAUGUGCCUGGCCACCUCCCGUCGGGGCAGCACCGAGUCCGAGUACCAGCAGCUCGAUCACAGAGGAUCCGAAGGUGUUGAUUUGGAGGCAGUUGAUGCUCAGCAAGUCACCAUCAGAUUAAUAGAAGAUAAUUGUGCGGAGAUGCGGCGUGGGAAGAUCUCCGACUCGAACUGGGCGUUGAUCUCGGCGCUGGAGUCGGCGUGCCCGUGCUCCCGGACGGGGCGCUUCCUCACGAUGCACAAGCGACGCCGGAAACGACUCACCAGCCGCAGCCUCAGCCAGGACCACCCGGCCCUCCUCGACGACAUCCACCACGGAUCCGUCCAGUGCGUCUUGGACAAAGUUUGGCAGUGGCCUUUCAACGCUUUCACGUUAGAUAAUGUUACGGGCGGUCGAUCUCUACCUGUUUUAUGUGUUCAUUUGUUCCACUGGUAUGGGCUGUUGGACCAUUUUAAUUUAGAUGUUGUAGAAGUCUGGAAAUUAUUUAGUUUAAUUGAGGAAGGUUAUCAUAGUACAAACCCUUAUCACAAUUCAAUUCAUGCAACUGAUGUCACUCAGGCCAUGCACUGUUUCCUACAGGAAGAAAAGAUCAGAGAACAUUUGACGCCACUAGAAGUAAUGGCAGCUCUCAUAGCUGCUGUAGCCCAUGAUCUUGAUCAUCCCGGUGUAAAUCAACCUUUUUUAAUCGCAACGUCAAAUCAUCUAGCUGCUCUCUAUGAGAACACAUCAGUAUUAGAAAACCAUCACUGGAGGUCAGCCAUAGGCUGUUUAUUAGAAAGUAGUGUAGCGGAUCAAUUGUCCAAAGACUCCAGAAAGCUCUUGGAUGAGCAAAUUAGUUCACUUAUCCUUGCCACUGAUAUCACCCGUCAACAAGAAUUUCUCACACGCUUUAAGGAUUCGUUAGAUAAAAACUCAUUAGACAUGAAGGAUCACGAGAAUAGACACUUUAUCCUUCAAAUAGCUCUAAAGUGUGCCGACAUAUCAAACCCAUGCCGUCCGUGGGAUAUUAGUUACAAGUGGAGUCAGAAAGUUUGUGAAGAAUUCUUUCGCCAAGGGGACUACGAAAGACAGCUCAACCUCCCAGUCACCUCUCUCUGUGAUAGACACUCUACCUCUAUUCCAAAAAUACAAGCCGGUUUUUUCCGAUUUGUGGUAGCUCCGCUUUUAGAAGAAUGGGAUAGAUUUUUGUGUACAACAUUAUCAAAUAAAAUGAUUAAAAACUUAAGAGACAACCAAACUCGGUGGGAGACUGCUCUGCAGCAAGAAUUAGCGGAAGAGACCCGGACUGAAAUCUCUGAAGCAGAGGAGAUAUGCGACGAGAUCAGUGAUGCAAGGGGCUCGGACGAUGAAUCUCGAAGAUCAUCUCUACCUACAGUCGUCCUCGAAACGGUAGAUCGUUUAGGAAGAAGACACUCGGUCCCGCUGAGUCUGUCUCAUCCUAACGCUCCACCUCCAGUUUGGGGCAACACUCUAACCACCGGGGAUAACCUACGUCUACGGGAUGAAAGAUCUCGAAGAUUCACAAUAGGGCAAAUUUCGAACUUGAAAGAGGAGGAAGAAGAGCUGCAGCUAUCGCAGAUGUCAUCGUGUAGCAAUCAAAGUUUCCAGCGCUCUUCAGACUGUGGGAGCAACGAUGAAAGGCCCGUGAGCGCAGAGAACCUCCUUCCAGAGCUUAGUAUAGCCUCGAUAACGACGCACGAUGAAGCGAGCCGUCUUUCGUCGGUGCUCCAUGGUAAUGUGUCCCUGGCUCCACCUCCGUCAAGUCGAUCUUUGCAGAGGCAACAAACGUUCCCUCCACUCCAGCCGUACGUUAGGACAAGAUACAUGUCAACGUCCGGUGAACCCAUUGCUCAUUCUACUAGUAUUUCCUCCUCCUCUUCCAGUCGGACCGGCGGUAGCGACAGCGACUGUGCCGGGUUAAAGCGUGACUCCACAGACGAUAGUGAUCGUGAAAAGAUAACAAAGUUUGCAAAAAUCUGCGAAAAGGAGAACGUGAACCCUAGGAAAGACUCUUUGGAUGUCAGAAGAUUAGCAAUACCUCAGAAUACACGGAGGCGAGGCUCUGCUCCUGUAGGUCAACUUAGCGCUGAAUUAAUAGAAAGACUGGCUCGAAGGGGAUCAAUGCCAACAUCAGACAGCAGACAAAGCGUUUUGAAACCGCUGGGCUUGAAAGAAAACGCUGGCAUGCCUCGUCGUUCAUCCUUGCCAUUUGACCUUCAUCAUUCUGCCACCCUCUUCACAGAUGCAUCAAACGGUGAGGAUCUGCGGCACCGGGAAAAAGGUUCUAAAAAAAGCAAAAAGAAAAAACUACUCCGGCGGCGUAGUUCGGGAGGACCUGAUUUACUCUUGCCCCGUGAGCAUUUACUCAACCGGAGGCGGGGCUCUUUGCCAAGUGAAAUGUUUACAUCUCAAUCAGGUAACUCAAAUAAUAGAAAUUUGGAGAAUUCAAGACGGAUCGUCAGCUCCAGAAGGUCUUUGGCUCACCCUAAGAUCCAGCUACUUCCGCAAUAGCUAAGUUCCACUGGUCCAUCACCUCUCGACUCACAGUCCUUUGCUAAUGCAAUCUUAUCGCUCACAUCUUUGAAUUGUGUCACUGAAUAUAGAUAAAAUUACUUCAGGUGUCUCAUGAGCGUAAUUUAGCUCUCUAAUUCCGACUUUAAAUGAAAACCCCUUGUUAAUAUUGUUCCAAAAACACCUAUACAGAGAAUAGUUUCUCAUGCAUUGAAUGUUUUCUACCAGUUAACCUCUGUAUCGGAGCGUACAGAAUGCAACUCUGAUGAGGUAUGAAAUGAAUUAUAAAGCAAUUAUGAAAAAAUUAGUAUCCAGUUCAGUGCAGUCUGCUUUAACUUAUUUGUCUCAAGAUUAUUUUUUCUUGUUUCUUUUUUCUUGAUUCUCACUAAGAGGACUCUGGAGAAAGAGACAUUUUUAACAUUGAAAAAGAUUACUGUCAAAGGCACUUGAAGUGUCGAAAAAGUCUCACUUUCAUUUUAACAUGUUAAUGAUGAAAAUUCAAGAACAAAAUCAACAGAUUUUGAGCUUCCUUAACUGCUAUUUAAUUCGUUGCAGUUUUAGUCUGAUCGAAAAAGCAGCUAGAUUCAUAAUUACCUACUGUAACAAUAUCUCGUUUUGCUUCUUUUUUUUCAUAAGUAUCUCCAUGUCUGACUGAAUUGAUCACAUAAGUACCCUCUCUAUUUUCCAUAUCAAGUAGAUGAUUUUUACUUUCUUUUUAUUAAAAAAAGGGGGGGGGGGGGGGGAAAUGCCAAAUUUUUGUGUUCUCACAAAUGGAAGUAUAAGUUUCAAAAAACCAUUUCUAUUUCUAUUUUUGUGAGAUCCAGAUAGAUAAUUGGAGAAUAAAUUGUUUGUUUUAUCAUCUUAACUAUCUUAAUGAAUAUUUGGUCCUGUUUUCUUUUUAUGUAGGUCCCUCAAGUUGUCAAGGAAGUUUUUUAAGUGGCCCUCCUGUGAGAAAACCCAAAAAGGCAGCAAGGUGUGGUUUAUUUAUUCCUUGAAAUUUUGUUCUGGAGCUUUGAAAAAGACCCUGCUGAGUUUUCAUUUAAUAUGUUUGAUAAAGGUUUUAGGUGCCGUAUCAAAACAGACCCUAUGAAAUUUAAUGUUGAAUGCUAUGUUCAGAAGUCACAUAUCCUGGUAGAUAGAUGAAUGUCAAAAUCAGAAAAUUUAAUGUUAACUCUCAAGAACAACCCCAAACAGGGCCAUGAGGCUAGUCUGAACAGUCGCAGGUUCCUCUUAAUUUCAGCAAUUGACAUAAAUCGACUAUUCAUUUCCUAUUUCAUUCUUGCAUUUGACAUUAUUUAGUUAUCGGUGAGCAUAUCAAGACUGAAAGGUGAUUAUCACAGGGCCCCAAAAAAAUGACAUAAAAUUUACUGUCUACAGAAAUUGUCAAUGAAAAACUGUGAGUGAUGGGGAACAGCAGCUCUGAAAGAGUCAAAAUUUUAACAGAUUAACCAUAAUAAGUCUUUCGAAGUACUCUUCUUAAGAGACUAAAUUCUCAACCAAAUGAGCUUGACCAGAUCGUGUUUGAUAUGUGCGGGCGGAUUAUUGAAAUUGACAGACUUAAAGAUAGACAAAGAAGGCACAGAGAAAACGGAGCAAUCCUACCGGUGGAACUGAUUGGUUGCACUGGACAAUGGAGGCAAGUAAAGAACUAACUAACGGCGACUAACCAGAGACCUUAUAGUUAGUGUAUCAUUUCCCUUCUCUUGUAUCGCAUCAACCAACAGGAUCGCUCCAUUUGUCCUGUAAUUUCUGUCUGUUGCUUUGUUUAUCAAUUUUAAUAAUCAGCCCAUUGAAGAGUGUGUACAGAGACCUGCAUAAACUAUUCAUAUUGCUUGUCUUUUUGGUUUCUUUAAAUGACUGCCAAUGAAAAAACUUUCGCAACACCUUGUGUAUCGAUUGAAUUAGAUUUCAUUAAUUUUUCUUUGAGAAUUUUACCUGCACUGAAUUCUUCUUUACAGUCAAGACUCUAUUUUGUAGAUAUAAGUUAAAGUUCUUUUGAAGUAAAGUGCAAUUUCAUAUCUUUUUUAGUCGAGUCUAAGUACUUAAUUUUUCCUUUAACUUUUGUUAUCUGUUAUUUUUUAUCUUGUUAAUGUUUUUAUUUUUUAAUCUCACUUUUUCCAUCUAUUUAUAUUACAAGCUAGUAACAGAAUUGAUGUUCUUUGGUGUGGCAAUUUUAUGUUUGUUUUCAAGGAUGAAAAACACUCCUAAUUUCCUUUGUCUGCAUGUGAAAUUGUAUUCUCUCUUAGUGGAAACCACUGUGUAUGACAGAUUUGUAGCUCUUUUAUUUAGAUGCUUAGUGCAUGUCAUAGAUGAUUAUACCAGACCAAUAUCUGUAUACCAGCAAAAAAAUUAAAAAAGUCCAAGAUGAGAAGUCCUCAGGGUUAAACUGUUUAUCAAAAUUAAUAACUCUUCGGUAGAGACUAAUUUUCGGUCUAAAUUUCCUUUCAUCAACGCAUUUCUCCGCCAUUGAUAAAUGCUUAGUAAAAAUUGGAUCUAUGCCGCACUACUUAGAAGAGUUGGAUUGAAGGAGAGCCAAGCUAUGCUUUACAAUCUCGAAAUAAAUGGGUUUGAAGAUUAAAGUGAUUGAGGUGCAGCAAUCCAGAAACCGAAGAUCAUGUGAAAUGCUAAACAAAUUCUGCAGUCUUCCUCGGUAGCACAACUCGUAAAAUAAUUUGUUAUAUGAUGUAAUUCUGGUAAUUUUUACAAGUUCUAAAGUUGUACUAUUAAAAUAUCGUAAAAAAUCAGACUCUAACAAUUCGACAUUAAAAAUUCCUAAUUAAAGAGAUAGGGAGGAAUAAGGAAAGUUAAUAGGAUUUGGACCUCUUUUCCUGGUCUGUUUUACUAAUUUUUUUGAGUUUUCCUUCAAUAUUUUUGAGUAAAUAUGACAUUGUGGCAUUGUAGGAAA